AUGAUAUAUAUCAAGAAAAAACAUACAGUUUAUAAUAUACGCCUAUAUAAUUUUGUCACAGGAAAAUUACCUGAAUUAGACAAGAAAGCACAAAUUGCAGAAGAUGAUGCCCAAAAUGUCAUAAAUGAAUUAACUGUUCAACUGGAAAAUCAUGGUGUCGUGUUUGAUAAAUUAAUUGAAUGCCAAAGAAUAUAUUAUGAGAGUGAAAAAGGAAUAACUCUGUUCACUGAAAUCAUAGACUACAUGAAAGGCAACUUAGAUUAUACUAGUUCAAAACUGAAAGAAAACCACACUGAACUUAUAGACUGUUUUCAAGGACAAAUCAAGCAGUAUGAAAAAGAAAGAGAUAGUCGUGUUGAUUUCGCGUGUUACAACAAUAUACCACUAGAACUUUAUCAAAGCACUAUCUUUCUCAACACAAAAUUAGGUGAUUUAUAUCACUGUAAAGCAGAAUUUAGUAAACAUUUGUUUUUCAGUAAAUUCAGUUGGGAUAUUGCUAGAAAAAUAAAACAACAAAUGAAAAAUUGAACAGAGAGAUUAUUGAAAAAGAAAAACAAAACAAAACUGGUCACCAACUAACACGAAAUAAUCAUGAAUAAAUUUUAUUCAUGUACAGUACUGACAAUACUUGAUACGUAUUCAAUAACACAUUCAAGGUCCAAUUCUUUAUUAAUCUUAAAAAUGCCUUACAAAUUCUUCUAUGAUCCAUUUGAUUUAACUUCCUAUUAAUUAGAUAUAAAUAUUUAUCAGCUUGAUAUUCAUCAAUCAAUCGCGACUUAACUAAAUUUCUAUAUUUUAACUGACUCUUGUUAUAAAUACAUCUCUAUGCGUUA